UUUUCGUGAAUCUUUUGAUUUUUAAUAGCAUAUUAGAUCAAAGAAGAGAAAAGCCUUAAAAGUGAAGGAUGAAGAGGGUUCCCAUCCUUCCUUUGGAUUGAUGCAUUACCAGGUCCGAUUCUUUGUCUUCCCUUUGUCUUCAAAGGCCAAAUGGAGCCUAAGCCUCUUUUUAAACAUAUUAGACUCCAUAUGGUCGUCACAAGCCAAAUGGAGCCUAAGCCCCUUUUUAACUCCGCCAAUGCAACUCCUUGCAUUGCCGGUCCCAAGCCCGGGUAAAGGAGGAGGGAGAAUGGGCAUCAAGGUGAAGAUUGAGAUUACUUUCACAUUUGCUAAGAAAAUGGAGGGAGAUUCAAGGGAAGGAGAGUCCUGCCAGCAGUUUCUUGAUCCGAUUCCUAAUGAAAGGGAUUGGUUGGUAAGGGAUAGAGGAUCCUUUCAAGUUACAGAAGAGAAAAAGCUGGAGCUGAGGAUCGGGCCACCUGGGGUUUGGAUUUCCAAAGAAAACUGUAGCAGAGAAAGACACCUCUCUAUUGGGUAUUUUCCAAAGGCUCCCAAGAACAGCAAUCCUUCUGUUGAACCAGAGGUGGAUUAUUGUUGGCAUGUCCACAGUUGGUUUCAAUUGCACUAUCUACUUAUUUGGUGUCAAUGUGUAGUAUCUGAAUAUUUUACAGAAAGUUGUCCAACUACAGUUCAUGUGCAAGAUUCUAUUACAAUGGGAUUAAUCAGGUUUAGUGCAACCUCAAGUAGCAAUCAGUUACGGAUCUAAUCUGUAGCCAAAGAUAUUUUGCUACGGACUUUAUCCGUAGCCUUUUGUCCACUUUCUGGUAUUGUAUAUUUUGAAUUUCUUCAUAUAUUUAUUUUAUCAAAUUUAGUGGAACCAGGUCAUUUUGUCCGUCAAUUCAUUUAGUGGAACCAGAGAUGUUGUGAGUGAA